UUAGAAGUGGCGACCGGCUCGUGCACGCUACCACCUCAUGCACGGUCUCGGAGGCCCCUCACCGCUUUUUCUCUCAAGCUUCAACACCGCACAACUCCACCAAAAAUACACAGAUUUCCUUCGAAAAUGGAUGCAAUGGAAGCUGCGUUCGCGGAGCUAGAUUUGAUGGAGAAGAAGAUGUAUACUGAGGUCGCAAAGAAGCAUGGGAUUGACAGAACCACGCUCUCACGGAGGUACCGAGGAAUCACGAAGUCAAAGGCUGAGGCCUACAAUUCUCAAAAGCUCCUCUCUCCUGGCAAGACUAAGGCUCUCAUCAAAUACAUCAACAACCUCUCCGAAAGAGGCUUGCCUCCUACGCAUCAAAUGAUACGAAAUCUCGCCCAGGAUUUGGCUGGGAGAAUGCCAGGAAUCCACUGGGUUUCACGCUGGGUCCAUUCGAAUUCCAAACACCUCAAAUCAGCCUACCUUCUUCCUAUUGAUAAGGAACGGAAAAGGGCUGAUUCUGCCCUCUACUACAGCCUCUACUUUAAGCUUCUUGAUGAGAAAGGAUUUCUUAUUGGAAAAUUGGUUAAGAAGAAGAGAAUCUUCAGCAAGCUUGCCUACAAGUUAGGAAGGAUGCGCCAUGUCAUACAAGAUGGCAAUAGAGAGUGGAUUACUGUGGUGGCAGCCAUCUGUGCAGACAAUACGGCACUUCCUCCGACACUUAUCUAUCAAGCUGGAACAAACAAUAGAAAGACGGGUAUUCACCCAUGGAACCCGGAGGUUAUAUUAGAUCAAUUUAAUGCCAAGAAAGAGAAGGAAGAGGAUAAAGAUGAAGAAAGGCCAUUAUUAAGCAACUCUACUGGGUCGGCUCUUACGGCUGGUGACUGGAAGCGAAUAGAAACACGCCUAAAACAGGUGGUAGAAGUUGCUAUACAGUCCAGCCUCCAAAAAGAAAUUCUGGCUGAAGAUAAUAAUAGAAAAGCGGCAGUCUAUUCACCCAAUAAGGUGCGGCAGGCUCGAGAGCUAUACCAAGAGAAAGAGGAUGCCAAGGCUCGUGAUACAGCUUUAAAGGCUGAGGAGAAGGUACAGAAGCAACUUGCUAAGGAAGAGAAGGAAAGAAUAGCUGAGUUCAAUCGCUCUGCUAAAGCUGCUAAGCAGAGAGAACAGAAGGAUGCUGAGGAUCUCAAGAAGCGCAAGGCACAGGAAGCACGUGAGGCACGUGAUGCAGAGAAGCAGCUUAAAGAUGAGAGGAAGGUAAUACAGCAGAGGCAGAAGGCUCGCCAGGUUGUAUUCACUAUUCCUGAGGAGCCUACAGGCCAGCAGAAUCAUGAGGUAGAGGAGGGGGUAGUGAAAUCAACCUCUGGCCGGCCUCAGCGUAUCCGGAAUACGCCUAAGAGGUACGAUGACUCUGUGAUUAUGAUAGAAUGAAAGAG